AUGUUACUUGUUUUGGUGUUGCAGCAACUGCGCAAAGCUAUAACAAAGCUGGAAAAUCGGGAGAUAAGCCUGGGCGAUGACUAUGACGAGGAAGUUGAAAAUGCGCACAACAGCCGCCUCCUGAAGCUUACACGCCGACAGUUACAGAUCUACAAUUACUUUGUUCGAAAAGGCAUUUUUGUCAGCGACACUGGAGAGCCAUUAACAGCUGACGAACACCCGAAACUGGUGAUAAGCUCGACAGGUUUUGAAGAUCUGAAUGUGCUUCUCACGGAGCAUGUCAACCAACAGAUGGAAUCAGAAGCAUUCGGUUGUAAACUGCGAAUACCAUACAAGCAUGUGACAGUGGAUGAUGUGAAAGCGCUGAUAGAAAAAGUGAAAGAAACCAAUGAACAACUUUUCGUCGAUCUACCUCUGGAAUUUGAUCAAUUGGUCCAGAAUAUCGCUUGUGAUGUAAACAAACAAGUGAAGCAGUUUAUUGAAAACAGACACAAAAGUGGUCUUGCCGAUUGGGCAGCCGCAGGAAAAGUUAAUGAAGGUGAAGAUGGGCAAUCGGCCGCAGCGGUUAUUGAUACUGCUGAAGAAACGGUGGAACAGGCAAUCAGCGUUCCGACAUGGGAUGCUGCCAGAAUGGAAAUACAUGAAGCAUGCGACCGAGGCGAAUUGGAUUGUGCGGAACCGGAAAAUUCGGGUGAUGUGGUUGAUACGGCAUUGGCAGCUACUGAUGAAGAAAUUGAGGAAGGCGAAGAGGAGGGUAAAUCGGAGAGUUUGACUGUGGCCAGUUCACAGCUUGAUGAUGAUGAGGAAAUGAAGAGCGAUGCUGGGUUUGAACCUGAUGAAAGCUGCUGCACUGCUGGGGAAGAAGUGCACGGAGGCGAUGAUGGAAGUGAGGACAGUGAUUGCUGUAUCAUCGAAGAGAUCGGACAGGCGAAGGGGGGCAAGAAAAUGCACAGCGAUGGUAUGGAAUGCUCAAAAAUAACUCUCGCGGAUGCUUUAUCCACGGUACUGGGGAAGAAUCAGGCAAUGAGAAAUGGUGAAGAGAGCGGUGAUGACGACUGCUGUAUUAUUGAGGACUAA